AUGGCCCUCGUGUUCGACGCAGCGGCCCUGAGCAGGAAGUCUGACAUCCCGGAGCAGUUCGUCUGGCCGGCUGAGGAGGCGCCGACCGUCGGCGCCGUGGAGGAGAUCGCCGUCCCGGUCGUCGACCUCGCGGGGUUCAUGGCCGGCGGUGGCGCUGGGGCUGGCGACGGCCUCCGCGACCUCGCCGCGGCGUGCGAGCGGCAUGGGUUCUUCCAGGUGGUGAACCACGGCGUGGACCCGAAACUGCUCGCCGAGGCGUACCGCUGCUGCGACGCCUUCUACGCGCAGCCGAUCGACGAGAAGCGGCGCGCGCAGCGACGCCCCGGCGAGAACUACGGCUACGCGGGGAGCUUCGUGGGGCGGUUCAACAGCAGGCUUCCCUGGAAGGAGACCAUGUCCUUCAACUGCUCCGCCGCGCCGGAGAACUCCCGCAUGGUCGUCGACUACUUCGUCGCCGUCCUCGGCGAGGAAUACCGCCACAUGGGAGAGGUGUACCAAAAGUACUGCGACGAGAUGACACGGCUGGCACUGGACGUGACGGACGUGCUGGCGACUUGCCUGGGCCUCGGCCGCGGCGCACUGCGCGGCUUCUUUGAAGGCGACAACUCCGUGAUGCGGCUGAACAACUACCCGCCGUGCCCGCAGCCUCACCUGACGCUGGGCACGGGCCCCCACCAUGACCCGACGUCGCUGACGCUGCUCCACCAGGACGAGGUUGGCGGGCUCCAGGUGUUCACCGGCGGUGCGUGGUGCGCCGUGCGGCCCCGGAGCGACGCCUUUGUGGUCAACAUCGGCGACACCUUCGCCGCGCUAACCAACGGGCGCCACAUCAGCUGCCUCCACCGCGCCGUCGUGAACGGCCGCGCCGCGCGCAGGUCGCUCACCUUCUUCCUCAACCCGCAGCUGGACCGCCCCGUCGUGCCGCCGCCCGAGCUGCUUGCCGUCGACGGUCGCCCGCGCGCGUACCCGGACUUCACCUGGCGCGAGUUCCUCGAGUUCACGCAGAAGCAGUACCGGUCCGAUGCGAGCACUCUGGACGCCUUCAUCGCUUGGAUGCGUAGGGCCGUGGCCGUGGAGGGCGCCAUGGAAGACGACCAGAACAAGAAUCAAGUGAUCUCUAAGAACUAG